AUGGAAUCAGAACUGCUGUACGGUUCAGAAUUAAAGCAGCCAUCAAAAUUGUCGCCUAUAGGUAAAGCCUUGAUAUAUACAACCGGUGGAUUAGCAGUUGGAGUCAGUAUUAUUUGUAUACCCUUUGUUUCUCCGGCUUUAAGAAAGAUAUGCUUGCCUUAUGUUCCUGCCACAACGGAACAACUUGUUGGAGUUACCAGGGCAUUAUCUGGUCGAGGUGGAAGAUUGUUAGACGUGGGUUCAGGUGAUGGCAGAAUUGUGUUCACUGCUACCAAACUAGGUUUUAAGGCAGAAGGAGUAGAAUUGAAUCCUUGGUUGGUCUAUUAUUCUCGUAUAGCCACAUUGCUGAAUUCUGAAUACCGAGGGGCUAAGUUCUAUCGGCGCAAUUUAUGGUCAUUCGAUUUGAAGCCAUAUAACAAUAUAGUCAUUUUUGGGGUUGAGCAGAUGAUGGCUGAAUUUGAAAGGAAGUUAAUACAAGAGACUAACAAUGAUACUGUAGUAGUGGCUUGCCGGUUUCCUUUACCAAAUAUGAUCCCUGUAGAAACGAUAGGGAGUGGUAUAGAUACAGUGUGGAAAUAUGUUGUCAAUAAAUAA